AUGGGAGGCAGGGAUGGAGGUGCGAGGGAUUGGGAGUUUGGGGGAUGCUUGGGGUUGGGGCUCGGUGUUGGUGGAUGGCUUCUCACCCCCACGCAUCGCCCCGCCCCCAUCGUCCAACCGUGCGAGCACCCCAUCGUCCCGCCGCCUCCUGCCCCCCUCCUCCGCACGAGCCGCAGCCGGCCCCCGCAGACCGCGUGCGUGCUCUCUCUCCCCUCCUCCCCCUCCCCCUCUCCGUGCGAUGACUGGGUGGGCUACCGCCGCCCUACGCAAGGUGCCGAGAACUUCGCCGAUAUCUGCGCCGGAGAAGAGCGCCCACCAGAUCAGGCGCUUGGAAGGCGCGCUGGCCGGUGGAUGACGAUGGCGGGUGGCGGGGGACUGAACCGGUCUUCAUCGAGGGGGCAGCUGCCGCCGCAAGAGCUGCUUGACGAUCUCUGCAGCCGGUUCCUUCUGAAUGUGCCCAAGGAGGAGCUGGAGUCGUUCGAGCGGAUCCUGUUCCUGCUGGAGCAGGCGCACUGGUUCUACGAGGACAACUCCGUUGAGCACAACCCCAACCUCAAGUCCCUCUCCUUCAAGGACUUCACUUCCCUCAUGUUCAAGAGCUGCACUGCUCUCCGGCCCUACAUCGCGCACCUGGAUGAUAUCUACAAGGACUUCAACAACUACAAGUUUCGUGUGCCUGUGUCCGGCGCCAUCAUCCUAGACGACACUUAUGAGAGGUGCUUGCUUGUUAAAGGAUGGAAGGCUGGGGCCAGCUGGAGCUUUCCUCGUGGAAAGAGGAAUAAAGAUGAGGAAGACCACACAUGUGCUGUUAGAGAAGUAAACUUCUGCCUGUAUCAUGUUCAUGCCUGCAGUUUAUUUUCCUUUUUGAGUGCACCCUACAAUUUCUUUGAAGCAUAUUAUACUUGCAGCAAUGAAAUAUAUUAUGAAUAUAUUCUUUGAUACCAUUCAACACCA